AUACCGUGUGUCGUGCUUCGUGCUCGUGCUAGGAGUACUCUUGUGUGUGAAAAGUAUACCUCGAGGUGUCGCGCCCAAUAACAAACAAGAAAACAAAACGAGAUAAAGCGUGCCCAGAGGCGCAAAAAGGGCGUACUCAACCUAAGGCGCCAAGCCCGAACUCCGGAGGCGCUGGUGGUGCUCAACAUCAGAAGGGACUAAACCCAAACCCCUCUCCUCAGGAGGAGACGAUCCACUGGUGUCUUAAAGUUGCCGAGGGACCGAUCGUUGAGCUACUACUACAUAACUAACGGCAGCAGCAGUAGCUUUUCGAACGGUCAGACCUAACAAACAAAUCUAUCAGUUUUUGGUCGCCUCAACAACUUUAAGCGUUGCAUAAAAUUGAAGAAGAAAGGAUAAGUUAACUAAAACGGCUAUAAUUCUACAUUAGCCAUUAUUGUACUGCUCCUACUUACGGUUUAACUUGAAAAGGCAAUUACACGCAGCAGAAAAAAAAGUCCAUUAAGCGACUACAGUCUGUGACCUCAAGCGGCGUGUGUGAGUGUUUUUGCGAUUUCAUGCUUUUAAUAUCAGAUCUAGCACCGAAGCAAUCAGUAAAUAACUAUAGUACGGUUCUACAUACACCACAAACGGCAACGGUACUCGCCUAUCCCAGUCUUAUCUGAGAGAUUCAAUUAGAUAUUGGAAUCGGAAUUGACUUGAAGUUCUUGUUUGAGGAUUCUUGUGUGUUCAAGCAGAAUAACAACAAUGGUAGACAUCCAGCAGUCAGUUAUCUAAGUCAGAGUAACAGCAACGCAUAGCUAAACUACCAGCGUUAGUUACGAAGAGAAUCAACCAUGCAUUGACCUCGUUAUCAAAUUUUCUUGACGAAAGCUGAAAAACACGAGGCAAUGAGUGUUUUUUAGUGGAAAGCCGCAAGAGGAACAAAUAAGAUCUUUCAAGUCAUUGACACAGAAAGGACCAACGCUCGACAGCUUACCUUCCAUAUAUAUAAUAUAUAUAUAUAUAUAUAUUUAUGUAUAUAUAUAAUAUAUAUAUAUAAUGUACAUAUAUAUCUACUAUUGUGACGAGCUAGGCCUAGCGACAGCCGCGGAACUUAAGCUUAUCUAGAAGCCUACCACGAUACGGUAGCCAAGUUCAAGCAUUUCUAUUCCUCAACCAAGCUACCCAUUUUCUCAACUCGUUCACUGACCCUCCUCAAACGAUGAAAAGUAAAAAAAGCUAAAAAAUGGUGUAAAAAAAAAAGAAAAAAUGUCAAGCUUUAAAAAUACGUGCAGCAAAGCUUAGCGUGUUUGACAGCGUGUAUUUAUAAAUACAUACAGUUAUACAGUAGCUGUUAUUAGCCGUCAGUAAGCUCAACAAACAAGCAUAAUUGAACGAUAAUAACCUGUGCCAGGCUGUGUGUGAUAUGAACAGCCGAAAACUCGUAUCAGCUUUAAUCUACCGCCAAGAGCUUUUGCUCGGUUUGUCUAUUCAACUGAGGAACCGAAGUCCUCGGCUCAGCCACAACUAGCUUUUACAACUUCAGACAGAGAGUUCGUCUUCUUGGAAAAAGUUACUCAAGUUUUAAUACGCGGAGCUACGACGACGACAACGAAACAAGACGACAAAAGGCAAAAAGUACGCAGCAGCUAAGAGUACAAGGCGAGGAGGCCAAUGAGCAAUAUAAAUAGGUAAAUUCAGACGGGGCAGGGCGAGGAGAAACAAAAUAUCUGACAAAGGGGGCCGAAGAAGGAGCGAAGUCAAGCAGGACGGGUCCCCGAAAGGCAAAGGACAAAGCGAAGAAAAGGCUUCUGGCCGGAAAACUCUACUCCAAAGACUUCGGACCGACACUCCGAUUCGAAACGAUUGCACAUCAUUGCAUUUUUAUCCCUACCUAUUCUAGUCACUCAAUGAUCCUCAAAUUGUAGUUCGAGGCCAUCUUUUGAGAAACCAACCUGUUGUCUUUUAUCUAUAGAUAGACUGGCCUUACCUACAUAUGGCUUACUAUACCGUAGUCUUCGAAGAGUCUCUGAAGAUCUGUGUCGAAAAAACAUUAGAAAAACAAUGAAGGAUAAUUAAUACUUACAAGUGGAAGGACAGUUAAAAAAAAAAGCAGCUGCAGGCUCAACAGAAAUAACGGCCACAGUUCAAGUUGUAACAAAAGCCUAUCAACAAAGAAAGCGGCGAACGCAACGAAUUUUAUAUGCUUAGCAACAGAAGUACAGUUAACGGAGCAAAAAUAGAUCUGAAAAACUGACUUGAAGAUUGACAAAAAUGAAGCCGUUCAGGGUAACUCAGGAGCGUCGCCGCGAGCGGCGCAGAAGAACCAAGACAACCUCUGCCAAGAAGGAUAAUCCGCAACUGAUACGUACCCACGACACCACCUAUUUGACAGCGCAGACGUGCCAACUGCGAGACGCCAACGAGACGCGCCUGCGCAUUUACGAAGCGCUAGAGCAGAGCGUCGCUGAAUUGGAAAGAAACAACCGUUCGCUCCAGGACGAGGGAAAAACGGACAAGAAGCGCAUCAAGGCGUUAUGUGCUUCUCUUGAAUUGGUGGAGCAGCACUGCGAGGAGUUACAGGAAGAAGUGGAUACGAUGCGUGUAACCGCUAAUGUUUCGCAGUUGCACCAACUUCAACAGCCAAAUGGCCAGCAAAGUCCUGCCGCCCAGGCUGGCACCAAGGGCAAGACAGGACGAAAUGGUCAAACCGGGAACCAAUUGGAGCACGGCAAGCUCGAGCAAGAGGGUCGAGGAGGGACCGGUCGCCGCAACUUCUUAGACUAUACAUCCUCGGAGGAGUCGUCACACACCGACGAGGAGAGCGGCAUCCACGGCUCUGAUGAGUCCGACUUUGCCGGAUUCGAAGAUACACCUCUUGAGCUGCAAGAGGUGCUUCGAUUGCGGUCCGAAUUGGUACGUCUUCGUAGUCAGAUCUCGCGUGAACAGCGGAUGCGCGAGAAUCUCUCAUCUGAACUUGAGAGAUCGGUUCAGGAAAACGCACGCCUUCGCGAUGAGCUUCUGUCAUCACGAGAGCGCGAACGCCUCAGCCUCAACAUUCAGAUGGAGAUGGGGGGCACAGUUCCUUCUCUUGACCUAUCUAAGGACAACAAAAGCGACAGCCUGAAUGAAGAAGAUGAGCAAUGUGAGGUUGACUCUGGAAUGAACUCAGGGGCGGAACAAGAAUCGGAAGCCGUAGAAAAAGGUAACACGCUUCUAUACGAACUCGACAUGCAGUACCGCGUGCUCAUUGAGAAAUAUGAAGCGUUAUUGGAAGCACGUAAGCGAGAUAUCGAGGCAGAACAAGCAAUGGCGGCUUCUGUGCACUCGCAAAUUCAUAGCGACACCGAUGCAGUCGUUUCCACUUGCUCGGAAACAACAUCCUCGGAUAGUCAUCUGCUUAUUGAGACGACGAGAGAACCAAAUGGUCAGAAAGAUGCUGCCUGCCAAACAGAGAUCCAGGUGCUGAAGAAGCGAGGAUGUAGCGAGCAGACGUCGCCGAUCAAUGGAGCGCCUACGAGAUCGUCUCUGAGGCUACCAGCAACAGAGCCAGCAAUCUCCACGAACCGUACCGUGCACCUCAGUGGCCAAACUCAGGCUCGCAACGCUGGCUCCUGCCUGGCCUCGUUCAGUGAAGCCGACCAGGAGACCUUCAACAAACACUUUGAGCACUCGCCUCCAGAGUACAAGAAAUUGUUCGCCGAGAUCUUCGCCGUCCUAAAGAAGAAGGUGGCGGAGAUGCCGAUGUGCGAAAUCACGAGUGAUCGUCAGCCGACGCCAAUUCUGCCAGAUUUGGAGUCUCAUCUAGAGUGUAACCUGGAAAAGUUGAAGGCCACGGUGCCACCGCACGUUCGAUUCACGCGGAGCUACGCAGAGGUCGUCCGUGCUAGACAGCAACAGGCGCAGCAGGUACGUGCUCAGGCCCAGCGCAACGUCCGGAGCGUUGGCAUGAACUAAACGCAAUAUUGAGCACGCAUCUCUGUUUCGGUGCAAAAUCAUAGCAGAAGACAUUUACCUAUAAGAAAAUAAUCAUUACUAGACUAAAUAGCUUUCAGCAGCUUUCGCGCGCUGCCCUAAGGUGACUCAGAGAGAAUAAACUUGAUAAAAAGAUAAAUAUUUCAUGGCGAAGUUUGUGGAAAUGGGCCGCAGCACGUUAGGGACCUGUCUGGUUACGGGCGAAUCCCAAUGAGGACUUGACUUGAAAAUAGUCUCAUGUCUUUCAUACGUACAAUAUUCAUAUCCGAUUUGGCACCGUGGCCUAUCUAUUUGUUCGCUCAUGAAGUGUUUAUAUUUGCAUUUAUUUUAAUAUAUAAUAUUGCUGGAAGAAAUUUGUGUCUCUGGCACCCAGCGGUGAUAGUAAACAAGCGUGCUUGUUUACAAUUAAAAAUCGAAAGUAACAAUUUGAUAGAUUUUAUCAUUAUUCGAUUUAGCGGAAUUGUAGAAAAGUAUACAACAGCUAUCAAGUAAACAAAAAACAUCAUAAAAGAUGAAAUGAAAAAUACGGUCUUCUGUGUACUGUCUGGUAUGACGUAGUAAUCUAAAAAGUCUUAUUUCGACUGGGAGAUUUAGGAGUCGUCGUAAUAGAAAUAAUAAUAAUCGAAUAUAAAUAUGCGUACCCGAUAUCUCCCUAGUAUUUAGACGAUUCAGUAUAUACUAUACUGAGGAUAAUAGUAACUAUAUUAAUUAUUAUCAUAUUCUAAUACAGUUAAUGCUUAUUACUUACUCUACCAGCAACAUAAAAGAACACAGAAAAGCAUUGUAUUCAUCUAUUAUCUAUACAAUAUCAAAACAUGCAAACCUGAUAAUAAAGAAAAACCAACAAAACAUUAUUUACAAGAUUUCUGCAAAGCAGCAAAUGCGAAUGUGAGGAGCCGUCAGCAGCGAACCCUAGCUAAAUAUAAUUAUAAACUGUGAACGAGAGAUGCCGCUUCUACUACAUGUUUAUGUAUUUCUGCAGGCUCGAGUACAGGGGAAAAAAAAAAAGUAAUAUUAAUGAAUGAAAAAUGAUGAAUUACCAUCACUGCUACCACGAACUAUCCUUCAUGUAAUAUUGUUUAAAAAACUAAAGUUGAGAAAUAUAUGUUUCUACUGAUUUCAAUUGAUUAGUCGAUCAAAUUAUAUGUGAGCUGAUGCAUCGAUGAACUUUUCCUAAAUCCUCUAUUGUCACGAUGGUCACUGUGGAGACCGUGCCCAACAUUGUUAACGCGGCUGGUAAGUAAAACGCUAACAUCAGCAUUGACAAACUCUCGCGUAUAGCAAGCCAAAAUCAUAAUAACAGCACACAGCCUACUAUCGGACCCAGUGACGAUCAAGUCCAUUUGCCCUUCUACUUAGUACACUUUGCUCUGCUCUUAACCGAUGACUGACCCAAUUAUCAUCGCCGUUGACCUUCCCUACAACAUUGUAACAUCGAAUGGGGCUGUAAAAUCCGUCACCAUCCAGUAAAUGCCUACAUUAAGUAUUUAUUGUCAUAAUAAAAACCACCACACGACAACGAUCAUGAAGCUGAAGGACGGUCACGGGAAAGAUUCACAUUACAGCUGUUAUUUAAUUAGCGAUAUAAUUUGUUUUCCUUAUUUGUGUGAAAGCUCAGAUGAACUACGAAAAAUGUCGUAGACAACAAAUAACGGCAGUAAGCAGAUCAAGAAACACGAGCAUCGUGCCAAAAAAAAAAAGCGGAGACAAACUUAAGUCUAUCUACCAAAAAAUGUUCUGAAAUUAAAAAUGUGAAUGCAAUUUUUAACAAUAAAAAUAAU